ACCGUUUCCCCACCGUCACCCUGCCCCCUUUCUCUGUUUAGGUUUUUUUUUUCCUUUCAUUUUUUGGGUUGCGCCACUGGCCCACCGCCUAACUCCGCCGUCGUCUCUGCAUAGGGUUUUUUUAGCUGAGCUAGUGUGGGAUUCGGGAGCUAAAAUUUAUUGUCACCAAUUUCUUCAGUCCAGUACGCCAGUUCAAAAAAAAACAUGGAUGGAGUCACUUUAUUUAUGCCAGGGCCAUGGGCCGAUAGUAAGUACGAAGCAGCAGACGUAUACACAACAAAAAUUGGAGGUCUUCCAGAUUUUCCUUUUCAAUUUUCUGGUGAGAAGCGAGUUCUGCUCGAGUGCAGUACAUGUGGAAGCAAUCUUUGUCUCCUCGCACAGAUUUAUGCUCCAAUUUCAAGUAAAUCUUUAUCAAUAAACGAGCGAGUGAUAUAUAUUUUCGGCUGUGUGGUUCCACAAUGUGAGAGCCUCCUAUGGAGAGCACUUCGUGUUCAGAAGAUUUCGAGCGAAGAAGUGGGGCCCACAACUAAUUCUUCUUCCGUUUCGGAUAAUAAUUGGAAGAAGGAUCUGUGGUCGUUUGACAUCGAAGAAGAAGAAGAUGAAGAAGAUAUAGAUCUCGAAGAGUUAAGUAGAGCUCUUUCGGAAGCUGCUAAGUUGACUACUAAUGGCAAAAGACAGAGUAAUGGCGGUGAAUUCAGUAAAAAGCCCCUGCAUAUUAGUCAACCAGCUAGGUCUGUUGAUGAUAAAGUACCAGUGAUGCCGUGCUUUUACACAUACGUUCAAGAAGAGAAACUAUCCAAAAAAAAUAUUUCUGAAAUUUCAAAGAGCCCGAUUCUGUCUAUCCAAGACUGUGAGAACAAUUCCGACAAUGAAGAAACAUACGACGAAGAGAAUUACGAAUAUGAUAAAGCAUUAAAUGCUGAUAGAACUUAUCUCAAGUUCAAGAAACGAGUGGAUGCAUACCCUGAGCAAUGUUUAAGGUAUUCGUAUGGUGGAAAGCCUCUAUUGGCUUCUGCAGAAACGGGAGAACCCGGAAAUUGUAAGCUUUGUGGUGAAAAAAGGCAUUAUGAAAUGCAGGUGAUGCCCCCGUUGAUAUUCUUCUUGCACGAAGCAGCUGAUAAUGAACAAAGAAUAUCUUUAGAUAAAUUUAAUUGGAUGACUUUGUUAGUCUACACUUGUUCAAGGAGCUGUGGGGAAUCGGCAUCUUCUCAAGUAAACGGGGGCACUAUAGACUGGAUUGUAGCAGAGGAAGCAGUUAUCGUUCAAUAUGAGUAAUUUUUCAAACCUUUUGUGGAUAAUAAAGUGCAGCACAAUUUUGUUUUAUGUUUAAUUUUUUUUAAUAUUUGUGUCCCUUUUAUUUGUUUGAUUUAAGUGAUUGUUUUUUUUUAUUUUUGGUGCUAUAUGUCUAUUACGAAUAUUGUAGUCUCUUGGCAUAAGAUGAAAAUCGGGAGCGGAAUAUUUCGAAUUU